AUGGACACGGCCGAUCCUGUGUCUAGUUCCAUGGAUACUGGUGAACUGAUUGUUCCAGUUGGUUGCCCUACCAUGCAAGUUGAAUACUUAGAUCAAUCAUGUCAAUUGCCAUUCCAUGUAGUCCAGACUAAGGGUCCAGUGUUAAUGGGUCGAGAUUGGCUUCACAAGCUUCGCCUCGACUGGAAAACCAUUAAGUUGUUGAAAUCCUCAGAUUCCAGCCAUAGAAACCCUGGCACGACUACACAAGAGAAGCUGAAAAACCUAUUGGAUACGUAUGCAGACGUUUUUGAAGACAAGCUGGGAACUUUCAACUCUGCCAAAGCAAGGAUAACCCUCAAAGAAGGUAGUCAACCACAGUUUCGUAAAGCUCGUCAGGUCCCAUAUUCCUUACGACCGAAAGUGGAGGAAGAACUGAAGAGACUUCAGAGCGAAGGUAUUUUGUCAAAAGUAGAGUGGAGUGAUUGGGCGACACCGAUUGUACCAGUGCCGAAACAAGAUGGUUCAGUCCGUAUUUGUGGUGACUUCAAAGGUACUAUUAACCCAACACUACAAGCAGAACAGUAUCCUCUGCCUCGAAUCGAAGAUAUCUUUGCCCAAUUAGCUGGUGGGAAAAAGUUUUCCAAGAUCGACCUCCGCCAAGCUUACCAUCAGAUUGAGCUGGAGGAAGAAUCCAAAAAGUACCUUACAAUUAAUACGUCCAUGGGCUUGUUUCAAUACAAUCGAUUGGUGUUUGGUAUCACCUCAGCUCCCGCCAUUUGGCAGCGUACCAUGGAUCAGAUUCUGGAAGGAACUUCUGGUAUUAGUUGUAUCCUAGAUGAUAUGAUUGUGACGGGUAAAAGCGACGCAGAGCAUAUGGCUAACCUGGAGGAGGUCCUUCGACGGCUGCACCACCAUGGGUUAAGAGCCAAUAAAUCGAAGUGUGAGUUCUUCAAAGAAAAGAUCACGUUCUGUGGCCACGACAUUAAUAGUGAAGGCCUGCACAAGACCACCGACAAGACAGCUGCAAUGGUGAAUGCCCCUCGCCCCCAGAGUGUUGCAGAGGUACGCUCCUUCUUGGGAUUGGUGAAUUAUUACCACAAAUUCCUGCCAAACCUUGCUACAAUCCUGCAUCCUUUGAACCAAAUGCUGGAAAGUAACUACCAAUGGAACUGA